AUGCAUGAGUUGGGUCAACCUUGUCUUCGCUGUCUACAAAAUAAAGAGCACACACAGUCUUUGCUUGCUGACCAGAAAUUUGACGAAGGUAGCACUGGACCAGAGGCUGUGCAGUCAGACAGAGUUGUUGAUUUGGUCCAAAUACAAGGACAAAGAGUUGCUUAUCUCACUGGGGCAAUACAAAAUAUUGCAGCUGAAUCUCUUGAUCAUGAAUCCGGGCCUGGUGCCUCUUCAGAUCAAAACCCCCAAGAAAUUCCUCCGACACAGUCUGAAGACCACAAAGUGUUAAAGGUACAUCGACUGUUUAUUCAACAAGACAUGUUCAGACAUUUUAAAGAUGACUCCUGCUUGGGCAUUCAGCUUAUUUUUACCAUUGUAAAUGACAUGGGGAAAGCAGAGCUUGGAGCAGGUUAAGGGGUAACCAGAGAAGUGUUUACUUUGUUUUGCAAACACUUUGCAAAUGCAAUGACAGUGGGGUAGAGAGAACGUGUCCCUUUUGUUAGACACAAUCACUUUAUUGAUGAGUGGAAAGCAUUUGCGAGGAUCCUUGUAAAGGGAUAUGAAACUAUUUCCUAUUCUUCAUUUCAAAAGCCUUCAUGUCUUACUGCUUGUUUGGAAUAGAAGUUCCUGCUCCCACUAUUCCAGAGUCAUUUAUAAAAUACCUGUCACCUUCAGAAGAAGAGUUGGCUAGAGAUUACAUGACAAGAGAUUAAUUUCCUGAUAAUGUUGAGGAUCAAGAAGAAUUUUUUGAUUUCCUGGAAAGAUUCAAGUGCCGAGCUGUGGUAAAGAAGGAAAACAUUACCACCAUAAUGAUCGAGAUUGGUCAACAGGAGUUGAUGCAGAAACCCCAUCUGAUGGUGGCAACAUGGCAGCCAGUCCUGCAAACACUAAAGAAAUAUCCACCCUUCCAAACCUUGUCUGCUCUUGAAGUCUCUUAUGAAGACACAAAACCCACAACAAAGAAGAUCUUACAGCUGUUAGAUGCAAAUCCAAAUUCAGACACUGAGAGAGAUGCAUUUCGAUUUUUACAGCGAUAUAUCAGAGGCUUGGACAACAGUCAACCUUUACAAUUUCUUAGGUUCACUACUUCACUUAGCUUCUGAUAUUUUGAUCAGUGGCAAAGUUCAGGUUACAUUCCUGAGGUCUGAAUGUUUUGGUAGAAGACCAAUUGCACAUAUGUGUGGACCUGUGUUGGAACUGCCGUCAACCUACAGCAAUUAUUGUGAAUUUAGAGAGGAAUUCAAUACCAUUCUUGAUCAAAGGUAACUGGGAGAUUGGCAUUGUGUGACAUUUACAUUGUUAGAAGGUGUUCAAUUUAACAUUGCUGGUGAACUUUUUUUAAAGAGUUGUUUUUUUGUUAAGAAGUAGUUUAAAUAGGUCAAUUUCUAAUUGCUUUUAAAGUUCAUGCACAUCAUUUUGGUUACUUAAAAUAAGUCUAAUGUGAAAGUUUCAAGUACUAGUGAAAACAUGAGCAGCCGAUCUUUAUUAGCCUAAUCUUUAUCUGAUAUACAAAGCCAAAGGUGAGAGUUUGUAUAUCAGAUAAAGAUCGGCUGCAAAUGUUUUAACAUGCUUAAAAACGACCCAUCUUAUCAGUUCAUUGUCGAAAUAAUUUUAAAAAUAAACAUUGUCUAAGCCGAGAAAAUCAAAGCUGAAGGUUAUGUAAAUCAGGACAAAUCAUCAAAACCUUUUUCCAAACCAGAAGUUUGCAAAGAACUUGUGAGACAUUUAGGGGAUGUUCCCUGACUGGCAACUGCCUGCACUUAAAACAAUUUGGGCGAAUGUGAGAAAGUUUUUCCAACACGGCACAACCUUAAAUCAAAACAAGGGAAAUUCAGGCAGAAGGUCGCACUGAGGCAGCAUUGAAGCCAACAUUGAGGCAGCAAGAGAGCAACUGGCUGAGCAUCCCACAGGUACCAGCGCAAGACGGUAUGGUGUGGGCCUACCAUCUGCUACUUUUAAUAGGAUAACAAGGCUAGAUCUAAACAUGCACCCUUACCGCAUGCACAUCUGUCACCAACUCCUUCCUCAAGACUAUGCUCGGCGAAUGCAGUUUGUGCAAUGGCUGGGUGACCAUUACGAGAGAAACAAGGAUUUCCUUUGACCAUUCGUUAUUGGAGAUGAAGCUGCAUUUGCCAUGAACGGCCAAGUAAACACCCACAACAUUAGAGAGUAUGCAGUCGCAGGACAACCGCCCGAGUUCAACUAUGAGGUCAACAUCAAUUGAGAAAAAUUGACGGUUUGGAUUGGGCUUUGUGGCAGCAGCCACAUAAUUGGUCCAUUUUUCUUUGAAAGAAAUGUCACUCGACAAAUUUAUCUCCAAAUGAUAAACAACGACGUUGUGCCACAACUUCAGCUACAUUUUCAGAUUCAAAUUGAGGGGAUUCAGAAAUCUCUGGUGGGUGCAAGACGGUGCUCCAGCACAUUGUUUAAUUGCGGUCUGUGAUCGGUUAAGAGAACUGUUUGGUCAUCGUGUGGAUUGCCCUCUAUCAUGAUGUGGAAUGGCCCCCAAGAUCCCCUGACCUUACUCCUUGCAAUUUCUUUCUUUGGGGUUAGCUAAAGAAUAAAGUGUAAACAAACCCCGCUACAUGAUCUGAAUGAUUUGCAGAACCGCAUUCAACAUGAAGUUGAAGCUUUGAGAAAUAAUCCCGCGCUAAUCAGAAGAACAUUCCAAGCAAUGUGGCGGCGAUGUCAUCUUUGUAUCGAUAGAGAUGGUGGUCAUGUUGAAGGCAUCGGUGCAUAAACUCUUUAAAGUUUAAAUGUAAAUUAAAGUUUAAAUGUAAAUAAUUUUCAAUAAAUAUGUUGUAAAACCAGAUGCAAGCUGACAUGUUUGUGAUUAAUUGUUUUUUCUUUUGUUAUGCAUUAAUUUAUAUUAGUUUAACCAUUCAAUCUCUUCUAAUAGUAGAAUGUACAAGUUUAAAGCUGAGAUUGCAAGCCCAUGUCCAUUCAUCACCACAUCAAGCAAACUCUCUAAAUUCUUCACUGGUAUCUUGCACAACCAUAGCUGCAUGGUUGUCAAACUCAUCGAUAUCUUGCCUGUCUACCUCCACUUUAUAAUCUUCUGUUUCAUAAAGAUGAGGUAAGAAAUACAUGUUGUCAGGUCUUCCUCUCGGACCAUUAUUAAAUUUGCUUGACAAAGUUAUGUGUUGGUUCCAGGACUAAGCAACUUGAUUAAGUUCUUCUCAUAGAACACUCAUGAAACAAAAUUGUAUACAGUCUACUUGUACCGGAUCAGCAUUGUUAAAUAAUCCCAGAUCUCGCUGCUCUUUAAAGAAGUUUUGUCACCAACCAGGACCUUCUUUCACUAGAUGCAACCAGGCGUGUAGCCAGCCCCAUACGAAUGGGGGGGGGGUCUAAAGUGUCAAAGACAUAAAAGUACUGUUCUAAAAAGCCCCAGAAAAUUUUUCAAGUUUUAGGUUAGAGAAAUGCUCCCACAUGCAUAUUUGGCAUGGUGUUUUGGUGAUCUAUAUGCCACACAUUUGGUCUAUUUUAUGCCAAAGAUGAAAUAUUUACGAGAUUAACAAAGCAUAUUUGUAAUAAACUAAUAACAUAACAUAACAUGUCAAAUUAAUAAUAGAUAAAGAAAGUUUUAUGAACUUGUUAUUAAGUUGAUAAAUGCUUUAAUGCAUUUUAAAAUAACUUUCCUUUUAAAACGAUACACAUAUUAUGCAACAUUUACACGAACACGGGAAUCUAAUUUAUGUUCCAUUUUCAUAUAACUUUGCAUCUAACUUUCAGAUUACAAGAAUAUAUUAUAGUGGAAGUUUUCUAUAUAGGCUUCAAAGAGAAUGCAACUUAAUAUCUUCGGCUACAUCUCUUUCGCUACUAGCAAGAACCAAGCUCUCCAGUCGAUCUUCACCCAUGGUUGCUCUCAUGUAAUUGUUGAUGAUUUUAACUGUGCUGUGGCAUCUUUCGCUAGAAGCUAUUGUAGCUGGAGUUGUGGACGCAAUACAAAUGAUUCUGCGAAGGUUUCGGUAAAGGCCAGCGUAAUCACUUUCACCAAACUUCUUAAUAUUAAUGGAAGGUAAGGGUUUUUCCACCCCUGUUUCUUGUGUUCUUCCAUCUCCUGCAACAAACUGCGAAAGCAUCCGGACUCCCAGAACAAGGAAUAUUCCCGACAGUUUGCUUUCUCUGGGAUUUUGUACCUUCUUGCCUUUUCUAUAUUAAUUAUUACCUCUGCACCUUUUCUAUAUUAAUUAUCAUUACUCCAAUGAGCUGGAUUGAGAAUUGCACCAAUACUUCACAAGAUUUUAAUGAAAAUCGCCUCUUUAGCUCCCUCCGCAGCAAAUCAAGCAGACAAUAGUAAAAAUCAGUGCGAAAUUUACUUUCUGCUGACACUGUUGUGCUGUUUUGAGUUGUAGACACAACAGGGUGACUUAAUGAUGCAUCAAGCAAUGUUUGUCCAUCAGCUAGACUUGGAAGCAUUCUACGUCAUUUGUUGCUGGGAUCUCUAAACAAAUCUUCAACGUGAAAUUCGACUGCUUUGAAUUCAGCAGUGUGCACAAACUCGACAAAUUUUUCCUCAUUCCGGAAAGAAAAAAAUUUAGCGAUUAGCGAAGUUGCCAUGUCAACAGUGGUUACUAAGUCCAUUUCUUCUCUUUGAAGAUAUUCUGAAGCGUUGCAUCAAACUAAACUGUACAUACAACAUACUGGAUAGCCUGUGAACGCAAAUACGCAAUUAUUUCAAUUUAAUGACGACAGUUGAUUUCUUUAAAAAUAUUCACAACUUGCACCCCCACCACUAGUUUCUUCUCACUUUUGAAUGAAUUACAAUAUUGACCUUUACAAAAAGUAGGGGGUCCGGAACCCCCCCCCCCAUUGGCUACGUGCCUGGAUGCGACCAGUAUGCUUCAAUACGCUGAUUAGAUGUAGAUGACCCAAUAAGAAAGCUGGCAAGCCCAGCGUGUUCAUCAUUGUCACUUGAACGAAGGAAUGUGUGUAUAGCUUCAAUCACACAAUUUUCUGUUCCAUCAUCAGAUCUUAUUUUCCUAAGGACCCACCAACUUGUCUGAUUGAGUCUAGAUAAUAUUUGGCAACUAACUCCUUGUUUGUUGGUCGUACUUCCAACCAAAUUAGCCUUCUUGAGUAACCAUCAAUGUAGCCAUGAAUUGCUGAACCCAUAUGGCUUCAGUUUGUCAUGACUGUCUAUGUGCCAUAUAAAAUUUGGGCCAUUACAUGCAUACACUCUUUUGCGUAGCCUUUUUUCCCCGAGUUUCCACACCAACUGGAUGGAGAUCCACUAAUAAUAUUCUUACUGUUUCCCGCUUCACUAUAAGCCCUUUGUGUAUCAAUCUCCACCGCAUUUUUUGAAAACCAAUAAAACAGCCACUACCUGCCAGUUCUUCUUCAAUAGUUCUUCUUCGUAGUAGGUCUUCAUCUACGAAGGUGUAUCGAUGCCAAUAUCCGCUUUAGUGUUGAUAAACUAAUAUCAAUGCCAUGAAGUCUUAAAUACUCCAAUAUUCCUGGAUUUGUGUAUCCUUGGUUGAAAUAUGUUUUUAUAAGUUCCUCUUCUUCAUAUUGAUUUCCCAAGUUCAUGCAAGGUGUAUAAUUUGUUAACAGCAUGUUUAUAUGAGAUUAAUAACUAAUAAGUAGUAUGUUCUUAGUACGUUGUCGUUGUCUUUUUGAAAAGAUCUUUUAAAACUUGUCCUUGAAUUGAUAGCCUGUUCGAUAAUGGCGGGAAUUUGAAAACGAAGCAAAUUAUCAAAAGGAACUAUAGGCACUAGAAAGAAGUUUUCUGGACUGUGUUAAAAAAAUGUACUGGCCUGUCAAGAAAUUUUACAGGACUACCAAAAGACUUCACUGGACUGUGAGAAGCUUUACACGACUGCAAGAAAAUGUAACAGGACUGUGAGCCUUCUGGGCCAUCGUAGAAAUAUAUAUUAUUUCUUUGGUAUUGUAGUGUGGCUCAAAAGCUACUUAAUGCUUUACAUAUCUAUAUGCCAUUUACAACAGAGGAAAGUCUGUGUCAUAACAGUCAACAGAUGACCCCCCCCCCCUGACCAGUACCACAGUAUAGUUUUACAGGAUAUUCACCCGGUUUAAUAUUCAGUUAAAUGAAUAGAAUUUGAGUCAAGCAUGUCCUGUGACCUGUGCAAAGAUUAUCCAGUUUACAGACAACCCGGUUUAUCAGACUAACCAAGUGGAUCACACACUGAAUACAUGGCCAGGUCAUGGAGUGGAUCACAGGACACUGAAUACAGGACCUCCAAAAAAUCUCAGCAUGCUAAAAUAAGAUCCCUACAAGUAAUAAUUAUUGCUUGCUCAACUAAAAGGUGAUCAAUUUGUCAUGUUAAAUAGAUUUCUGGAUCAAAGUAAAGAUACCCAAGGUCAUCUAUGUAUCACUUCAUCAGAUUAGUACACCCCACUUACUAAUAACGAGUGUAUGUUCAAGCUGAGGGUCUGCUCCAAGUGCAAGUUGCCUCUUAUUGGCAAUGAUUAAUUGUUCAAACAAGUACUGCAUGUGUCUGCCUGCAAUGUUGUAGCUGUGUGACAACAGCUAUGUGUAGCUAAAACAUCAAUCUUUUGGUGUUAAAUAUCUUUACAAACAACUUAACAUAUGUUAGGUAAACACAUAUUCUUCCAAUCCAACAAAAAGGUUCAGCUAAACGAAGGUAUAUAAAAAUACUAUAAACCUAAAUUUCAUGUUGUGAUCAGCAAUUAAAUAUUAACUGAUCAAGCAGUUCACUACUUCUUGAGAUCUUGAGAAAUUUUUACAAAAUUAUGAUAAAAUAUGCAUAUGAAAUCAAGAGAACACAUUCACUAUUAAAUAUUCUUGAUAUAACUAGAGACAAUUUAUUCAGAUUGAUGAUAUCCAGGCUUAGAAAUUUGUUCAAACAGAUGUGAGUUUUCGGACUGAAAAAUUCGAACAAAAUCAUGACAAAAGUUGUCUAUCUGACAAAGCAAAAAAUGGCUUUUAUAAAUUCAUACAAUCCAAAUAAACUAGCAAUCCAGUACAAAAAAACUAUCAGUAAUACCGUAAACUCGGGUGACUUUGAAUGUAGGGUGACUUUGGUCACUUUAUAAUUUUUUCAUUUAAUGCCCGAUGUAUUUGUUUUGAGAAACUUCAAUUGUAAAUAUUUGUUCUUUUUUUAAAGCAUGACUUGUUUUCGACUUAUUUUAAAUGUUAUUGUUAGCAUUCUUACAAUAUAUCCACAGUACGUGAUCUACAAACACAAUCAGUUCAAUCGACUAGGGAUACCCUAAUUGAAACUCUGAAUUUCAAUCUUGAAUAAAUCAAUUUGAAUAAUUUUAAAUAUACCAGAAAUAUAGAAUGUAAAUUGAAUUAAAUAUAAAUAAAUGCUGUUCGGCAGUCACUUUGUUGUUCAGCGAGAAAAGUAGGUGGUCAAAGUCACCCCACAAAUUUUGUACCUUUUGGGGUGAAUUUGACCACAUAAAAGUAUUUUUAAUUACUGGCAGCCGCCAUAUUCAAAUUUCCCAUGAUGCAUUUGGUAAAAGCAUGUGUUUGACUCUACCUCUUUUUGAAAAAACUGCCUGGAAGGUUGACAUGGAGAAAAAGCAAGGUAUGAACAUAAUAAUUUCAGGUACUUGUAAUUAUAGAUUUCGCUAUAGUUAUUUCUUAUCAACAAUAAAUAUGAAAGACUGUUUUUUUGUAUGUUUAAAUCAUUUUGGCACCGUUUGGUAUGCUUUUUUGAGUUUCUUUGUUGUUGAAAAUGUGUUUUUUUUAAAGUGGUCAAUUUCACCCCACAGUUUCUCAGCAGUUUUUACUUGUGUGGUGACUUUGACCACCUAAGUUAAAUCCAACUUUAAGAACAAAGAUACUCUCUAUAUUGUUUCAUGUGAAGUUAACUUUUACUUUUAUUGUGUUCUUCAGUAAUUUUAGCUAGAACUUCUAUUUUAGAUGCCUCGAAAAUAUAUUCCAAGGCAAAGAGGUAAACGAACGUAUCAAGCAUAUUCUGCUCAAGAUCUGGGAACUUGUUUAGAAGAUGUCACUAGUGGAAAACUAGAUCUUUGUUGUUUCCUGAGUAAUGGCCAUGUGCAAAUGGGGGUUCCCCUUGGACAAGAUUGAUUUACGAAUGAUGGUAGCUGCAUAUCUUACCAAGCAAAAGAGGGUCAUACAUCAAUUCAAGAAUAAUAUACCAGGAGACGACUGGGCUAGUAACUUCAUGAAAAGAUGGAAACUGACGCAUAGAGUUGCAACAAACAUAAGAACUUGAAACCUAUUUCAACAACAUCAAGAAGGAGGUGGAACGAGUUCCUGCAACAAACAUUUGGAACUACGAUGAAACUAAUCUUAGGGAUGACCCUGGAGGCAAGAAGGCUGUAAUGAAAAGAGGAACUAAAUACCCGGAAAGAGUGAUGGACAGUAGUAAAUUGUGCUAUUCGACAAUGUUUUGUGGAAAUGCAGAAGAUAUGAUUCCACCAUACACUGUAUAUAAAUCAGUGCAUCUAUGAUACUUGCAUAAGAGGAGGACCUAAAGACGCCCAUUAUAACAGAACUCGCAGUGGCUGGUUUGACGAGGUUACAUUUGAAAAUUGGUUUUUCACCCUUGUUCUUCCCAAAUUGAGGAAGCAAGAUGGGAAAAAGGUUCUCAUAGGAGACAACUUGUCAUCCCAUCUCAACACAAGUGUCAUUGAAUCAUGUAACAAGCACAACAUCGCAUUUAUAUGCCUAUUUCCUAAUGGUACAAUCUAUUGCAGCCACUGGAUGUGGCUUACUUUGCUCCACUGAAGAAAGCAUGGAGAGCAUUACUGUUUGAUUGGAGAAAAACAGCUAUUGGAUGUCAAUAUGGCACUUUACCAAAAGAACAGUUUGUAGGGCUGCUGAGAAAGCUAAUUGAGAAGUUAAGCGAAGGCAAUAGCAAGCAGAAUUUGGUUAACUGCUUUAAGGCUUGCAGAAUUCACCCAUUCAACCCAGAGGAGGUUUAUCGCAAACUGCCAAGUGAAAACAACACGAGUCCUAGUAAAGCACUUGAUCAAAGUCUAUUGGACACACUUGCCAAUAUGCAAGGUGAAGAUGCAGAGACAUGUCCAACCAGGCAAGUCCAUAUCAGAAAACCUUUCCUCUGAAAGUGAUGAAUCUGAUGAAGAAAGUGAAGAGGACUGCAAAACAGAAGAAGAAUCUGAGUCCCAGCCUGAAACAGAUGAAGAAACCCAGUCGGAGGGCGAGUCUGAUACUGAUACUCCAACCAAGUCAAUUUUGCAAAAGGAAAAGUUAUUACAAACAUUGUCGGAGGUGAACAAGUCACUGGAUGAUUACAAGAAAGGUCGCCUGUAUGCUGUGUACUAUGGUCAAAAAUAUUAUUGGGGCAAGAUGCAACUAUGUUUUGCCGAUGAUCCAGAUGAAGAUGUCAAAUGUGUCGAAUUUAGUUUUUUGCGCUACCGAGGAGAUGGUUACUGGGAUUUUCCAAAAACGGAUGUAGAGAUCGUGGAAGCAAAGUAUGUUUUCUAUGGUCCAUGUACCCCUGAAACAACGAUUGCAGGGAAAGGCUAUGAUGUCGAUGAUGAAGUUGCCCAGGGCUGGUACAAACUGAUGAAACAGCAUGACAUUUAUGGCAGUAUAUAACAUUUAUUUGGAAACGUAUUAAUGUUCUCUCAGUUUGCCAUUUUUAAGAAAUGACUUACAUUUUAGACUGUGUAACUGUUGCAGAGAGAGAGAGAGAGAGUUGUGCAUGUUUGCAAAUUAUGGCAAUUUAUAUGUGUUAAACAGUUUUAACGUUUUUAUCCUUACAAGCCAAUAGAUAUUAUUGCUUAUAAAUGUUUGUAAAUUGGAUUUUAUUGAUGGAAAAGUACAAAUUACUCUUUUCUUUGACGCGAAGGUUAUAAAUUUGGUAAUACAUGCUUAUGGUGGGGUUAAAGUAAGGGGUUACUGAGAGGUGGUCAAAGUGUCCCCAGGCCUGUGUGUCUUUGACCAUCACAACACAAUGUCACUACUGCAACAGACAAGAAAAUACUUCUUAUUACUGUAUUGACCAACAAUCACUUACACAAUACAACUGUUUUUCACAUAUUUUUCAAACUACAAAAUCAGUGACGCAUAUACAAUGUGUUAGAAAAUGUAACUGACGAGUUUUCUUAGCCAUUAUUGCACAAAACUUCAUGAAAUUUAAUCUUUUUGUAGUUUAAAGUUCCUUAGUUGUUUCCCUGCAGACAAAAGUUAUCAAUGGAUGUGAAAAGUUGUUAAAAUCCGUCAUUGUAUCAUUUCGUUCGAAAGCAACCUACAGCCUCCUACCUUCAUGUUUAGCGGCCAUCGCUAUUAUGCAAGUGGUCAUUUACUGCCCACCACGUGAAACCUGCCAGUAUGGUUAGUCUGUAGCUUGGUUUGAUUUAUUUUUUGCCCAGCCGCCUGACAUAAUAGUGACUGUUGAAAAACUUGAGUUUUGAACAUUUCUGACCUGUUUCAAUUCUAUAUGAAAUACAUUCUUGUCCAUGAUUCUGUAUAUCGACAUUUUGGAUUAUAAUAUAAAUUAUAUUUUAAAAGUUACCUCAUUCUUAAUGGCAAGAAACUGAUUUUUCAGCAUGAAGUGUUCCAACCUGCUCAUCACCUCAUGAACGUCCACGCCAAGAUAAAAAGCUAGGCAUUGGUAGAAACAAUGAUUUUUCCUGCCGAAGGAUCGCAAAACCAUGUCAAGCUUAUAAGCUUUGUUUAUAACACUUCCAGCUUCAACAGUACUCAUCUUGACAGAAAAAGCAAACAAAACACAUUGCAAGUAAAACAGGAUGCUGCAUUUAUAUAGCAAAACAAUUCUAAAUUAACAAAAAAAUUGUAACUGCAAACUAUAUGUGGUAGUUACUUUUCUUACCUUUAAUAGCGAAAUAACUUGCCGGUUGAAAGACUUGAAACAGAGUUGAAAAAUGAAUCAAUAACAAGCAAAGACAAAUCUGUCGAACAAAUCACGACACAUAAAUCACAUGAAGUUGUAAACAAAUGCAGAUGAUUGCCACAUGUGCGUAAAAAUGUACAACUUAUAACAAACCUGCAGUAGACUUGUAUCAAAUUGAUGCAAGUCUACUUUAGUCUACUGCAGGUUUGUUACAAGUUGUGCAUUGUAGUAUUGAUACAAGUUCUACUGCAGGUUUGUUUAUAAGUUUGUUACAAGUCUGUUAAGUUCAACAACCUUGUAGUACCAAGCUGGGAACAAGCAAUGCAAACACAUCCUGAUAACAAGUUGUUGAAACGGCAUUGAUACUACAUAUCAUUGCCAUUUCAACAACUUGUUGACAAGCUUACUACAAGGCUGUUGUGAACACAUCUUGUUGACAAGAUGUGAGAUUUUUAAAAAAUAUUAAAUAAUUAUUUUUUUAUUUUGUUUGAUGAAAAUGGAAUAUUCUGUAUUCAAAGUGGAAGAGAAGAAAGAUGGCCGCUGAAAUUUGUUUGGCAUGGGCAGGUAGGUUUAUAUAAAUCUUGGCAAUGUUUUUGCACAAUGUGUGCAUUUUCGCUUUUCAAGAAUAUGCAAAUAUUUUAGAAACAUCCAUAUUAAAUAAGGGGAUAUUGGGAAACUUCCAGCCACCGUCCACUCCCGGACUCACCUCCCUGCAAGUAUGUUUGUUCAAUAUAACGCCGCCUACUAGGACUGAGUACCCAUAGGGAUAGAAUGAUCUUGCAAAUCGUGCAUCUGGUUUAAAAGCUACAUUUGCCUGAAUAGUCUCCAUAAUCCUGAAAACAUCCUGAUUUAUCAGACUUAGAUAAUCUUUAACUCAUUCUCGACAUGCGACCUUUUUACGACAAGCAACAUUUUGAUUCAAUUGUUUUAUAACAUAAAUAUUUCAGCGUUUAUUCACCCCUCUUUAAAACAAAGAACACCAUUGAAAUCCUAACAAAAUAACCUUUUCCAUCGGGGGGUUCAAUGUCGUCAAAACAAAUACACAAACCGAAACAAUCAUAUAUUUACUCACCGCUUGGCCAAACAUUCUGUAUUUUGAUGUGGAGAAAAAGUUGAAGAUCUUCUAAACUCUUCAGAAUUUGCCACAGAAAGGUAUGGAUAGUUUACAUUGUUCGAGACAAUUGAUUAGUAUAAUGAAAUAUGACACUGCAUGACCUCCCAAAAGGUCAUAAAUAGAAAUACAAUUUCACUAAAACUAUAUUUGACUAAAACAUAGCAUGCACCAAACCGAAGAUAUGAAUCGGCGAAGUCAUAGACCAUGCACGUUCUACGUUUAUAGGGGCCUGCUGAGAAAGAGUGAAUUAUUUGUAGAUUUAAACGAACUAUGCUUUGGUCAAAAUUUUAGUCAAAAAUCUGUUGCGAAAAGCGACUGUGUAUUACUAUAAAAAAAUAAGUUUAGUGCGACGAGAAGAGAACAGCUGAUGUUUCAUGCAAAAAAUCUGCCCUGGAAAGAAUGCCUAUAGCGAUAUAUACAUUUGAGCAUAUGUUUUGCUAGUCUUGUUAAAGAUAAAAGAAAGGGAUAAAUGCCAUAUUUUCAACGCCAACUCCACUCUUACUUAUUUGGCAUGGUGGCCAUGUUUAUUUUGUUUUGAUUCAGUAUGUGAUGGUGUGACUGUUACUUGACGACUGCUUCAAGCUGAUUGGUUGAUUUUAAAUCCCAUUGUUUUUUCCACCAAUCAGAUAUUUUGUUACAGAUUUUUCCAUUGUUGUUACAGAAUUUUGUGCUUGCUUUUAAGAUUAAUUGCACUGAAAUCAACCAAUCACAGUUGAGUUUAAGAUUUUAAUGUAUAUUAUUAGAUUGCUAUGUACCUAUUAAUUACUUUAUCAAUAGAAUCGAAAAAGGUUCAGUUUCUGGUUGAGAAAAACAAAGCUUUUUCUGAAGCAUGGAGAAGUAUGAAUGAAGAAAGGAAAGUAGAGUACAAUGCAAGAGCAAAAAUGAGGAAGCUGGAAAAGUUUAUUUGUUGCAGUCAAAGAAGGAGCUGGUUAACAUAUUGUGAUUAAAACAGUUGAACCUACAGUACCUUAUUCAGACAUCGAUCUUCAAAUGAAGUUAACUGUUAAGUGACAGUGAUCCUUUGCAUGCUUGUGUUUACAUUCAGCUGUAUAUCAUGAAUAUACUUUCAUUACAAACAUUUUGCAUAAAAAAAACAAAGAUAUAAUGACUCGCUUCGUUUCAAGAAGUAAAAUUGUUUUUCAAUAGAAUUCCGAUAUAUAUGGGUCAAUACAAAUUAAAUCUUGCAGAUCACUCGUAAAUAACUGAGCCAUUUUCUGGGCCGCCAAUUGCCCAGAGGGUCACUGGCAUGAUACUUGCUCUUUAAGGCCAAAGCCUGCCUUUAUGUUGGUAACCCUUCUAUAUGCUGUAAUUUAGAGCUGUAAUUAAUGGAUGAUUUAUACACAGGUGGCCCCCUAGAAAAAAUAUAUAAAACAUAUAUUUUAAAAUGAGAUAUUACUUGCCUAUUUUAUAGUAUGUGUUCUCCUUUUAUUCCUCUUUUGAUGGGGCUAAUAUUUUCUGAGAUUUUACACUCGUUGGUUGUGGCUGCCACUUGUAAUAUAUUACUGUAUAUGUAUGCAAGUAGUAGGGUUGGGUGGUUUAUCAAUAAAACCGAAAGAUUUAAAAAAAAAACGAAUUAAUCAAUUUUUCUUUUGACAAAAAAACGGGGAAAAAACCCGAACAAAAAUCGGGAAAAUAGUUGAAACUUGCAGAAACAGUGCACAAAGAAUAGUAGGUGGAUCAUAAAUGGAUCACGCACGUGAAUAAUUCGGAAGGCGGAUGUCUGCGAAGACAGAGUUGAUGUGUAGGACUCAUUGUGAAAAUAUGUGGAGCUUAACAUAUAAAUACCACUGUGCUUGGUACGGUAUUCUACAAGUCUUUCAACAGCAUUAACAUGAGUAGAAGUUCAGUUUGGAAUUUUUUAAGAAGCCUGAAACAGGGCAGGGUUCUGCCAAGUGCAAAAUAUGUUCAGGUUCUGUUAAGAACAAAGGAGGAAACAUGUCAAAUUUAAUCCAGCAUCUUAAAAGAUUGCAUCCUUCCCAAUGUGGGAUGAUCACUCCAUCAGGACGAAAGUCAGUACAGGAAAACAACGGCAGCCCAGUUUCGUCAGAUACUCAACAGUCUCAACAUCAAGUAAGGAGUAUCAUACAGUAUCACCAACACUAUAAAGAACGAGCCAAGAGUACGUGUGUUGGCCGUCUCCAAGAAGAUUGUGGCAGCUUUUUGCACAAGUUGGAAGAGAUCUUGCCGCCACCCAAGUUCAAGAAGAACCUGGACAGAAGUUCAAGAUUUGACAUCGGUGAGUAUGAAGUAAACAAGAUUGAAUAUUUUAUCUUGAUUGAAUAAUGUAGGGUGUAUUUACUGUUUUAUACUAAAUGAUUUUUACAAUAAUUUUAGAUGUCCUCAAUCCAUUGGGGUCCCACUCAGCACAUAAUCAGCUGGGUGAUGCGUAAUAAGAAGGCCAUUUGGUGAGUUCUUGGUAACGACAAGGACACAAGUGUUGAUAUAGCACUUGGUCCGCUUAAGGAAUUCACUGACAUUAUGUCUGCGAGCAACUAUGUACCAACAAAUACAUUGAAGCCAAUUCUCCAUUGCCUGUCAACCACUGAAUUAGCUCCUCAAGAUGAUGAUUUGCUGCUGACGGCCAAAAUCAAGAACAAGGUCUUGACAAGAUUGCAAGCACGUUUUGUUGAUGGUGCACUUAAAGCUUUGAUGAAUGUUACAUCGUUCUUGGAUGCUAGGUACAAGACUGACUUUCUCGAAAGCGGCGAAAUCAAUGAAGUAAGAGAGGAGCUCUUGAAGAAUGCUGUUUACCUAAAGUUCAGUGCCAUUGAAGAUGAAGACGACAUCUUGCCAUUGUGUGCUUCAAAGAAGGUAAAAUUCAGCUUUGGAGCAUUGACAAGCGUAAAGAAGAAACAGUGUCGCCAGCUUUCUCUCCACAUAGUUGCCUCUCCAAAAAAAUUGACAUUUACUUGACAGAUUCGGUUAUCGAUGGAGAUGACAAAGCUAUGGAAUGGUGGAAGGUCAACACCAAGGAUCUUCCGUUAUUGUUGCAGUUGGCAAGAACACACCUUGCCAUUCAAGCCACUAGUUCGCCAUCGGAAAUGUUUUUAACAAAGCGGGGCAAAUUGCUACUUAAAGUGGACAAACUGGUCUUCCUGGCAGAAUCUGUGAAGGAAUAGAUUUUCUGUCUUUCGCCAAGACAUUGUAGGGCGACUCAUUCAGACAUUUAGCAUACCAUAUACAAUAUAUAUUAUUUGUAAAAUAUUCAUUUUAAUAAAGAACAUAAAGAAGAUAGUGACUAAAUCAAAUAAAAUGUAAGGUUUUUUAACUCUUUCUCAACAGGGUCCAAUUUCGUCGACCGCGAGCGGUCGACAGGCUCGAAAUUUCAUACUUUCGGUUCAGUGCAUGCUAUGAAGACAGAAAUACCACCAUUCGAUUCAGAAAUAAAAUAUCAACUAGUUCCAAACGAUAGUUAUAGUCAUUAUUAGUAUUGUAACGAUUUAUGGGCCUUUGAAAGUCAAAACGAUCAUAUUGUAUCAAAUUAUGCAAUUGUCUGAACAAAAAUACAGAUUAUUAUAGACUAGCCAUACCUUUCGCCGAAAAUAACUUCGGCCCCAUCGAACAUAUCGUCUUUGUAGUAGUCUUGUUCGAAUCCCCAUUAAAUAGUGUUUUUGGAGUGUUAUUUGCAACCCUGAAUCUACAAAUCUGUAUCUUUUAUCAAUAUAUUUCCAUUUCUUGUCCGACUGUGAGCUCGAAGUGAAUUAAUCCCAACCGGAAAUACGACUCAAAACCGUCAAAACAAUGCGGCGUUUGUAUCGUAUGACCCUGGAAAGGCCAGAAAUGGAUUCGCAAGGUCAAAUUGCACCUACACGCGUGAGUUUGACGUCAUCCCGGCCAAAGGAGCUUCUUAUUGGCCAAUUAUUGCGCAAUGUACGCAAAUGCGAUUAAAACCCGACACUUGAAAAAUUCAAAAUAAAUAUUUCUAGUCGGCGUAUACAUACGAAACUUUCUACACGAAAGCGCUUGAAUACAGAGAGUAUUUUACACGUAUAGCCGUUCAGCAAAUGACGAAAAGUUCAAGGGGUAUUCAAGAUCUUGUGGAUAUGAAAUUUAGAACCUUUGGCCAAGCGGUGAGUAAAUAUAUGAUUGUUUCGCUUUGUGUAAUGUUUUGACGGCACUUGACCCCCCGUUCGAAAGGUUAUUUUAUGAGGAUUUCAAUGGUGGCAUUUAUUUAAAAGGGGGGUAAAUACUCGCCAAGAUAUUUAUAUUAGAAAAAUUGUAUCGAAAUGUAAUACGAAACCGGUUGUCGAGAAAGAGUUAAAGUGUAAAUGUGUGAAGGAUUUGAAAACAAAUUCAUUUAAACUAUUAUACAUCACACUGGUUAGAUCGAAGUUAUAUUGUUCUCAAAUCUGGGCUCCUCAGUCAGCCAUUGGACAGCUGAUAAUGGUGGAAAGCAUACAAUGACGAGCAACAAAAUUUAUGUGUAAAACAUCGAAUCUCUCCUUUUAAGAACAACUAAUAUAUUUAAACUUAUUACCAAUGAAUUAUUGGUUAGAAUAUUUUGAGUGUGAAUUAGGCCUAAUUUUAAUGAACAUAGAUAAUAUAUUCAACACUGUGAUACUUGUACCAUGUAGGGAUGUUGUAAAACAUCACUUUAUCACGAUUCUUAUUUCAAUAGAUUAGUUCAUCUUUGGAACGCGCUGCCUAGUACUAUUCAAACGAGUGAUAAAAUAUCAAACUUUAAGAUUCUACUUAAAGACUUUUAUGUUGAAAGACUAAGACAAGUAUUUGAUGGUGAUAAUAUAAGAACGUUUAAACUUGUUUGUCCUAAAUGUCGAUGUGUAAAUGCAAUGUCUUGUUCUUAAGAUGGACUAUAUACUUAUCCUGAGCCAAUGGCACGAAGCGCCGUGCAAGGGUACUAAUUCAUCCCGGCUAUUUACACCCGGGGAAACGAAAGCAUUAGCGAAGUCUACAAUGUUUUGGUGGGUGGUCAUCCUCACUGAUCUCAAAAAUAUGGCGGACUGUCAUGAAUAGCAGACACUGAAGGGUUCAAUUUAAAGUUUGCAUUAUAAUGACUGCAUGACGACAGCAAAAUAGCAAACAUUUCUUGAUUUGAUGAUUGAUAAAUUUCUUGCAAAUAUAUUUCAUUUUUGCUCACAUUUUUGCAAGAUUUUGUAAUGAAUCGGCUAAAAUAAAGGGAGCUGUCGAUAAUCGCUUUAUGAGACGACAAUAAAGACCUACGAUUGGUUCUAUUCCUUUUUAAUAUAUAAAACAUAAAAAUAUUUAUACUAAAUAAAUGCUCUCGAAAAACGACAACGUUCCGCCAUCUUGGAUUCUCACACAUGUUUUUAUAACCCUAUUUAUCCCUACAUAUCCACAUUUAUAAUGUCCUGUCCGUCUCUAUCUCUAGAUAUCAACAUGAAUGAUCGCUUGUCCGUCUAUAUCCCUACACUUUCCAACAGAGCCGAUGUUAACAAAGGUAAGUUUGUUUUAAAUAUUGAUUUUAUAAUUGAUUUAAAACCCAACAGCCUUUGCAUAUAUGAAACAACUAAACAAGACAGCAUAUAAUUUCAGUGUAUCUUUAAUAUUGAUUCCCUUUUUUAUUAUAUUGAAUUUUUUAAAUAAAAAAGAAAGCAAAGCAUUUGCAUGCAAGAAUUUGAAAUCAUUUUAUUGCAAACUCAAAGUUUAUGGAUAAAGCCAUUUAAUUAAAGGCAGUUUAGUUUUAUAAAGAACACUUUAAAACAAAUAAUAAUAACAUACCUAACAUAUAAAUGUUGGGAAAUUGAUAAUUUUGAAAUUAAAAGUGAUAUUUUUAGGCGAUUUUUCAUUUGUAUGAAUAUUCUUAAAAAAUUAUUGUGUUACCAUGACAACUCAAACAUUCCAACCGUCCCGGUUUACCCGGGACUGUCGCGGUUUGGACUAUGUUGUGCCGGUUUUCUUCGUAUUGUCCCGGUUUCUGUAGUAUUUUAAUAGUUGUAUUCUUCAAAUAAGGCUCAUGUGACAAAUAUUAAUGAAAUUCGUUUGGUUCAAUACAUAUUAAUGAAAUGGGAGCUUCUACAAUCCUGGUCAAUAAUCCUUGGCGCACUUAGUCGAAAUAGCAUAACCUUUACUUCAUUUCUGAUUACCAUAUAAAUAUUUGCCAAUUUUAUACAAAAUUUCAUGUCCAAACACCCCCUAUCCCCCUUAUCAAUGUUGUGUAACACCUUGGACGUAUAACACACUACAGACAACAUUGAACGGGGGAAAGGGGGUUGCUAUGCUUGUUAUUGAAGUGGGAGUCAAAUUUCGCACAGUCAGUGUCAAGUGCACCAAUAUUAUUGACCAGGAUUGUAGUUUCCCCAAACAAUUGCUGAGUUUGUCGCCGAUCGAUGUAAUUCUCGUGACAUAUGUUGUUUUGACAAUUUAGCGGUCCCUUUCAAUUCCUAUUAAUUUUGCCAGGGCUACAUGAAGUAAAGCAGCGAACAGAAGCGGCGCAAUAAUCUUGGGCUCUUGAAUACGAGAUUUUUUGCGCCUUAUAUGCUAAAUGACCCUGGUUUUUUAUUAUUACGCAGAAAACUAAUACAUGCGACUAAACUAAUUUUAUUAUACAUCAAACAACCCAUUUAUAACCCAAAUAGACACCACAUCAAUGAGAAAAGUGCAGCAUUUAUUCGAGGGAGGCAUUUAUUUAAGUAAAAUGGGAAAAUUGGGAAGUGUUCCGGUUUUGAGGACUCGGAGGUUGGAAUGUCUGACAACUACUUUAGAUACCUCAUGUUUGGAAAAUGCAAUGGUUUAUACGUAUUGUAUUGUCAAUCAGGUGUACUAUCUAGUAUGGAACCCCUGUGUCCUCUUAUAGUUACACCUGCAGUUACAGGUAAAUUUUUGCGACCAGCGAGCGAGCACCAGCGAGCGAGCUGGGAGCAUCCUAAUCUGUGCGUAGAAAAUUUAAAUAUACCGCUGAGUUCGGAUUAGCCCCGGCUCAAGAUUCACGGAUUCACCUCGGCUUGCAUUCCAUAUUUGGAACAUAUUUCCAUAUUUGGAAGACCGCAUGAAACGGUAUAUCCGCCGCUGUUAUGCCGCCCAGUGUUUUAUUUACUCAUCGAUACUGAUGCAAUUUUAUACAUGUACCUUUAACUUUUGUUCAUCAAAUUGUACAUCAAAUGAAGCUUAACUUAGCAUCUACUAACUGUUGUAAGUCUGUUAUUGAAGACAGAUUUAAAUAAACAAAAAGAUUAAAUGCUGUGCAUGAGGAUGUGAUGUAUACAAAGAAACGUCUGUUGUUUGAAAGUCAUGUGCCGGGCUUUAAUAUUUAUCUUUAAAUUGCGCUUUGUCAAUUGGUACUGUUAUUGACACGUCAUGCUAUUCAUAGAAGGCGACUUUGCGCUGUAGCGACAAUAUAAUCACAAAUGUAUAAACUAUUUGUUAUGUAAUUUGUAGCAAGUGACGUAAUUGGAUACCAAUAGACCUUUCCCCUUUUAAGUGAAAUUUUGAUCUAGACAAGUCUGGACAAAAAUUUCAUCACAGCUUGAAAGAGUUUAUAUCACAAAUUAGUAAUAUUCCGAAGUUUCGUUGCGAAAUGUUGUAAAAUGCGGAUAAUAUAGCCUUGCGAAGUUUGCCGUUUUUCAGUCAUUUUGAUUACAAAUGGGAAAUUGAUAAUCAGUUUGAUCACUGAUUAUCAAUUUCCCAUUUGUAAUACCAAAUGACUGAAAAACGGCAAACUUCGCAAGGCUAUAUUAUCCGCAUUUUACAACAUUUUGCAACAAAACUUCGGAAAAUUAUUGAUGCUCUUUCAAGCUGUGAUUAAAUUUUUGUCCAGACUUGUCUAGAUCAAAAUUUCAAAAGGGGAAAGGUCUAUUAGUCAAGUUAAUAUUUUGAUAAAUUUACCUAAAUUGGAUAUUCAGUGUAAAUGGGCCGACUUUUAUUAUAUAAUGAGCAAUAUUAGCCCAUAUAUUAUCGCCACUCCUUUGCAUAAACUUGAAAAGUUGUUACUGUUUUUUAUUUUGAAUAUAUCAAUAGACAAUAUGAAAUAAAGUACCUUGUCAUGUGCAUGUUUAUUUGACGCAAAUCGUUAUAUAAAAAAUAAAACAAACCCGACCGACCGACUUUUGGCAAAAGUAAAGGAUGAUCACCAACUAUCUGGCUAAAACAGCGUCAGUCGGCUGCCUCGUCCCCAGUCGCUUGCUAUCGAAUAAUUAAUUAGUAAAAGACGAAAAAAAAUUAAUGGGGGCGCGCGGGACGUUUAAUUUUUUUCGUCUUCCCAGCAUGCAUCACAACAGAUUUGUUCAGCCACUGAUCUAUAUAUUAAACUGAUAUGUCUAUAUAUACACUGAUCUACAAAUAGUAAGGGCCUGCGGAGGAGGCAGGUCAGUCGGCGCGUUGUCAUUAGUGACUAAAGUCUCCAGGUCGCACUUUUUAACCUGUGGUUACGCCUAGUUUAAAUAAAUAAAUAAAUAUAUUUCUAUGCAUUUCGUACAUUUGUGAGUUAUUCAAUCGAUUUUUCUUUUGACAAAAGACCGUUUGCACAAAGCAUCAAGUAUAAGGCCAAUGAAAAUUGAUAUCGUGUUUCUCGUCCACAAUUUUCAAAAAUUUGGAGCGGGAUUUUUUAAUUUUUCAUUAUUUUUUGUAUUUGAAUUCUGUUUGUCAAUAAUUUCCUUGACCCAGUAAAAAACCCCAUAAAAAUCUGAAGUAUUAAAAAUUGGUGCAUAAUUCAUUUUAAUUUAGUACGUCCUACACUACAGUCUACAGACUACAGUAUAUUUCUUUACAUACCAGAGCUGACAUGAAAAAUAGAGGCAUUCUGGCAAGUAAUAUCUUUAGAAAGAUACAAUUUGAGUUGCGCUUGCGGAAUACAGCAAUAAGUGUCAUGUGUAAUGAAUGCGUAAUGAGGUCGACACAUUUUACUUGGCUCUAUACUUCUGGGUUAUUUUGUCUCUUCAAUUGCUGUUUCUUGGCAGAUUUUUACGAGUUAAAAUGUGAAGAAUCAAGUGGAGGACAAUGUGGCCUCACUGGAAUAGCUGAUCCUACGGUUCAAAGUGAGAAAUUGGAAAAUUAUUACAACAGUGGAACCAGUCAGGCGAAUUAUUUACCCAAUGUCGAACUUUAUACCUGCCUAUGGUUUGGAAGCCUCGGCAAUGCAGAUUUUGUGAUACAAUAUGUGAUAUCUGCUGUUGAGGCGGGUUUUACCAACAACAUUGUGUCUGUGAGUGGUGUUUUUCCACCAAAUGAUAUAUUUAUAACUUCUAAGCUUUUAUUGGGAAAGUUUGACCCAUGUAUUAUUAGAUUAAUAUUAUGCACAAAUGGUACAAAGCACAUUAUACGUUUAUUAAGAUUAAGAUCAUCAAAGUUUUCAAAGUGCCGCGUUCUUUACUACCCUAACUCUGUUGCCUUGACGCAAAUUUUGUUGCUCUCUGGUGACAUUGAAAGAAAUCCAGGUUGGGACGUGAGCGUUGCUCCAAAUUAUUUACAAGAUUUUGUGAAGUCUUUAGACAAAGGAUCAAACAACAUGAAAGUUGCACAACAUCAACACUCGUAGUAUUCGAAAUAAAAUUGAGGAAGUGAAACUCCUGUUAUACGUAUGUCGUUUUGAUAUUUUGGCUGUCACCGAGACACAUCUAAAUCGUAAAAUAUCCAACAGUCAACUUGAAAUUGAGAAUUAGAAGAUGGUCAGGAGAGAUAGAAGUUCAGGAAUGGUCGGAGGAGGAUGUCUGGUGUAUAUUGCCAACCUAUUUGUUUCACACGGCUUAAAUCAUUUGAAUUGACGGAUAUUGAGGGCAUAUGGCUUAAGAUAUGUUUGAAUCAUCUGCAUUCAUCGUAGGUUCUAUUUAUAGACCACCAUCUGACUCUGAAUUCUUUCAAAGAUUUUACGUUACGUUGGAGAAAGUCUGGUUGAAGUAUAGAAAUGUUAUGGUAAUCGGAGACUUGAAUGCAGAUUUUACAAGGAAUAGAGGAGAAAUCACAUCAGCAAUGGGCAAACGACUUCAUAAUAUACUUCAGCAUUUUGACUACUCAGUAGUCAAUGAUCAACCAACAAGGAUCACUAGCGAGACAUCCACUUUAAUCGACUUGGUAAUCGCCAGUAAGCCAAACACCAUCAAAUGUACGAAAACACUCGAGCUGGGGAUUUCAGACCAUCUGUUGGUGUAUGCGUCGGUAAAGAACAAGAUUAAGCGACCUCCACCUAAAGUGGUUACAGCUAGAUCUUAUAAACGAUUUGACAACGAAGCGUUUAUAAAAGAUGUUGAGGAAGCACCGUGGGCUGUCAUCUCUGUCUUUGACGAUCCUGAUGACAGCUUCUGGGCCUGGUCACACCUGUUUAAUGAAAUAUGUGAUAGACACGCUCCCUAUAGGCAAGUUAAAAUUAGGCAACAGUCAUUACCUUGGAUAACUCCCCAGAUUCGACAUCUGAUGAACUUGCGUCUGAAAACGUUUUUGAAGGCUAAGAAAUCAAAUAGCCAGGAACUGUGGUCUGAGUAUCGUAGCCUUAGGAAUAGAGUAACUCAAAAGGUCAGGCUGUCGAAAAGUGAAUGUUAUACUAACUUGUUUGAUGAAGUUAAAGAUUGUCGAUCCUAUUGGAAACUGGUGAAGAAUGCUUCAGGUAGUCGAAUUGUCCAGCCAAUUUUAGGUAUAAGGGGAAACGAUCAAAUCAUCGAAACAUCUGACUCGCGGAAAGCAGAAAUCCUUAAUAAACAUUUCUCUACUAUUGGAGAGAAAUUAGCGAGUGAAUUAUAUUCGGGUCAAAGUCAGGAAAAUCCUUUUUCGCAUAUUAUUCGUGUUACACCAACAGUAACGAACAUUGAACUUACUUAUGAUUCGAUUAUGCAAGGUUUAAUGAAACUAAAGAACAAUAAAACUUGUGGACCGGACAACAUCGCACCAAGAUUACUUAAAGGUGCUGGUCAUGUUUUAAUUCCAUCGUUGUUUUCUCUAUAUUCAAUGAGUGCGUCGUGCAAUACUGUCCCAAGCACAUGGAAAUUUGCAAGAGUUUCUGCCUUGUUCAAGAAGGAUGAUGAAACCGAUAAGCAAAAUUAUCGCCCAAUUUCUUUAUUAUGUGUCCCUGGUAAACUCAUGGAAACUCAGGUUGUUUCUACCAUCACAAACCAUGUUGAGCACCAUAAUCUUAGCAAUAAACACCAGUGGGCUUAUAAGAAGGGACAUUCUACGCAGCUACUUUUAGCUAAGAUGACCGAAGAUUGGAGGAGUGCACUGGAUAGUAAGUUAGUUGUUGGUGUUGUCUUUAUUGAUUUCCGUAAAGCUUUCGACUCUCUACCUCACAAUAUUCUGCUCUACAAACUUCAAAGUUUGGGUAUUGCAGGUGACCUAUGGUGCUGGAUAAGAGAUUACCUCACUGAUCGCCAUCAAGCAACAGUUGUAAACGGCUACAAAUCAGAAUCUAUGCCUGUUAGGUUUGGAGUACCUCAAGGGUCAGUUCUUGGUCCUAUACUCUUUUCAAUAUUCUGUAACGAUUUACCAGAUGUUGUAGUUGAUGAAAAUGAGGAUGUUGAGAUGUAUGCGGAUGAUACAACAUUGUACGUAGUAGCUAGGACUCACGAUGAAGUUGCCAAUAUGCUGAAUAAAACUUUAAAGAAGUUAUAUGAAUGGUGCUGUCUAAAUGGACUGUCUCCUCACCCGGGUAAGACUGAGUACAUGCUUUUAGGUCGAGGGAAAUUUACUGGUCCACCCCAGGACAUCAGAUUUGGAAACAAUAGUAUUAAACAGGUGCUGGUUUCUAGAUGUUUGGGAUUAGAAAUUGAUUAUCAAUUAAAUUGGACCUACCAUGUUUCUGAAGUUAUUAAAGCAUUUACUCAGAAGUUGAAUUUGUUAAAAUCAUUAUACUUCCUCCCGAAAAAAGGUAGAGAGGAUUUUUACUUCAAGGUUAUACUUCCAUCCAUAACCUACGGACUAAUGAUUUGGAGCUCGUGUUGCAAGACCCUCAUGGAUGAAAUAGAGAGAAUUCAUGUUCGAGCUGCAAAGAUCAUCUACAAACUGGACUGGAGUACUCCCAGCGACCAAGUGCUGGUGAAAGCUAAUUGGAACACUAUCAGGGACAUGAACUCAAAAUGUCUGCUAUGCUUUGCAUAUAAGUGUUACUAUGGUCAUGUUCCAGAACAAUUACAAUCUAUUGUUAGAAAAAGUAAUUACACAUAUGAUUUUAGAAGGAAGUUAAGUUUAGCCUUACCUGUGCCUAAAUCUAAUUAUGUUAGAAAUUCAAUAUAUUAUAAGGCAGCUAGUCUGUGGAACUCUUUAACGAACUGGGUAAUAAGUUUUUAUUAAUAUAAUAUAGCUUAAAUUAUUGUUGUAAAUACACGACCACAUCAGUUCAGCUGUAAUCUUAUCGUGUUAAAAUAAAUGCUUUAGUAGUUGUUGAGGACGCCAUAUAAACUUUCAGACGGAGAUUCCUUUAGAUUAAAUUGGGAUUGAGUCAAAGCACAUUUCUCUCUAGGAUCGCCAUUACAGAGUAUCUUUUAUUGAGUUCAAUACAUGGACAUGACACGUGACAUUAAUUACAUACAUUUAGAAUAUAUUAGUUUAUAGUUUUACACUCCCACUUAAACUGAUAAUUCUAAUUACAACAAUAAAGUUUCUAUGUUUACAUGAAUAUGUGUUGUUGUUUUUGUUAAAUUGUUCAUUGUUCAAUGCAACGCAACAUAACUUAAUUUUAAGAUAUUAUGGGAUAUAUUUUAAAAGGAUAUAUAUCACUAAUUGUUUAACUGAACAAUUUAUCAACCUACAAGAUGUCCUAUAAACUUACCUACUUUGAGCCUUGUGACUGGCUUGGUGAAGAGAUCGGACAAGUUCUCUUCAGAUGGUACGUACUUUACAUCGACAGUUCUUGACUGGAUUUCUGUCCUAAUAAAGUGAUAUCUUAUGUCUAUGUGUUUGGACCUCUGGUUUUGCGCAGGGUUUUUGGCAAGGAAAAUGGCACUUUGGUUAUCACAAUGGAUUAUGGUUGGUUCGAGAAUAAAGAUGCUAAGGAACUCCCCUAGUAAUUGCCUAAGAAACUUAGCUUCCUGAACUGCAGCUGCUAGCGCCAUAUAUUCAGCCUCACAGGUUGAUAGCGCUACCGUUGGCUGUUUCCUACUUUUCCAUGAGAUGGCUGGUCCAUCUUUUGAUAGUUUAAAAACAUAACCUGUAAUACUUUUCCUGUCUUCCGAUGAUCCCCAAUCAGCAUCACAGUACCCGUGCAUACUCAAUCCCUCCUUAGACUUUUUAAAAGUGAGCUUAUUAUCUAUAGUACCUUUUAGAUAACGAAGCACAUGCUUUGCCAUACAAAGAUGGACAUUGGAAGGAUUUGACAUAUGCUGAGAUAACUUUGUCACAAUAAAGGAAAGGUCGGGUCUAGUUGAUGUCAUCACAUAGAUAAGGCUCCCAACAAUUUCCUGAUACAACUUGAGAUCAGCGGGUUCGUCUGAAUUCCCAGCACUUGCCUUAUUGACUCCAAGUUCGCUUGGAGUCACCCUUGGUUUGCAUCCUUCCAUUUUGAACCUAAUUAAAAUUCUCUCGAUGUACCUAAUCUGAUCCAUAGUUAUAGUGUUGCCAGUAAAGGUAAAAUUAAUACCUAAGAACCAUGAAAGUAUUCCAAGAUCUUUCAUCUUAAACCUACAACUUAAAUCAUCUUUCACUUGUUUUAGUGAGGGUGUUGAAUUGGAUGCUAUAAUAAUAUCAUCUACCCAUAUAAGCAAAAUAGUUGUCUUGCCAUUUUGUUUCUUAAUAUACAUGCAAGGGUCAGAAACAAGUUGUGUAAAGCCUUUACUGGUCAAGAAAGUGUGCAACAUAUGGUUCCAGUUGCGCCCACUUUGUUUGAGACCAUAAAGUGAUUUGUUAAGUUUACAUACUAACAUUUCCCCAGACUCACUGUGUUUGACAAACCCUUCUGGCUGCUCAAUAUACAGUUCACAGUCGACUGGUGCAUUGAGGUACGCCGUCUUGACGUCCAUUUGAUGCACUUCCAUGUCAAGGUCUAGGGCCAACUGCAUCAACAUACGGAUUGAUGUUAUCUUUGCUGUUGGUGAAAAUGUUUCAAAAUAAUCAACUUCAGGUACUUGUGAAUACCCUUUUGCGACGUAGCGUGCCUUAUAACUCUUUUCACCAUUUUUACCUUCCUUAACUGUAUACACCCAACAUGCUCCCACUAUGCUCUUACCUUCAGGUAGUUUUGUGAGUGUAUAAGUAUUGUUUUCACUUAAGGAUGAUAUCUCUUCAUUCAUGGCCUCACACCAUUUUUCAGAAUCUUUUGAUUUAAUGGCUUCUUUAUAUGAUUUUGGAUAAACAGAUGUAGCACAACAGUAGUCUACAUUAUGGUUUAUCACAUCAUCGUCAUCUAGAUCAUUUUCUACAAUGUAGUCAUUUAAAUGGGGUGGCCUUCUAGUGUUCCUUACAGGGUAUCUUGGUUGUGGAGCAGGCUCAUGAUUUUCAGCUUCAAGUAGGCCUGCCUCAACAUUGUCAGGUUGCAAAGGGACAUUUCCCCCCUCAGGCCUUACUUGAGGAAGAGCCAUUUCUGCUCCAAGUCUUAUCUCUCUAUGAAGAAUAUCAUCAUUUGUUUGGAUAUCAUUAUCUUGCUCAAUGAUUUUAAACUUAUUUGUAAAUUUCACAUUCCUUAUUUUUUGAAUUUUCCCAUUUUCUGGGAAAAGGACUAAAUAGGCUGGACUACUUUUGUCAUAGCCAAGGAAAAUUCCCUUUUCACACCUUGCAUCUAACUUUGUCUUAUUUUGGGUGUAUGCAAAACACUCAGUCCCAAAGAUUGCCAUAUUAGACAAAUUUUGGCUUUUUAUUUGUUAGGGCCUGGUAAGGAGUUUGUUUAUUCCGGUUGUUAUAACACCUAUUACGUAUAUAGGUUGCAGUGAGAACUGCAUAAGGCCAAAAUUUCUUCUCAAGUUUUGCAUCUAUGAGUAGGCACCUGGCCAUUUCAAAGAGUGUGCGCCAGUUUCUCUCUGCCGUCCCAUUUUGGUGCGGGGAAUAUGGUGCAGACGUUUCGUGUUUAAUCUUAUUCCUUACAAGAAGAGAUUUGUAUGCAUUAUUUGUAAACUCUGUACCAUUGUCAGAUCUAAUGCAUUUUAUUUCCCAUAAGGGGAGGAAUCUGCUAAAAAUUUCUCUGUAGCACUUAAUGUAUCAGAUUUUCUCUUAAGUAUGUGAAUGUGGCUCCUGAAUAAUCAUCAGUAUAUGCCAAAACAUACUUAAAACCUUCACUAGACUCCGGUGUAACUGGGCCUGCAAGGUCUGCAUGUACAAGCUCUAAAGGAACCUUUCCUUUAGCAUCUGGAUCUCUAUUUCUUAUGUUUGUCAUUUUUCCCAAAAUGCAAACUUCACAAUCACUUACCUUUUUCUUAUUGUUGAUAGACAUACCAUCAACAACAUGUUGUAACUGUAGGGUAUCCUUAACAUUGCAGUGCCCUAAAAUUUCAUGCCAAGUUUGCAGAUCAUGUGCAGCAGACUUGAUAGAGUAUAAGUAAUAAAGACGCCCCCUUUUCUGAAUGUCGAAUUGUGUGCCAUCACCUGCGCUUAAAAAGGCUUGCCCCCCUGGCUGGAAUGAGAUGGAGGCACCAUUUUCAGAUGCCGCUUGAACUGAGAAGAUAUCUUGACUAAAAGAAGGUACGUACAAUGCAUUUUGUAAAGUUACACUAUGUUGAUUACCUAGUUUAUCUUCUAAGAGAACAUUUGCAUCACCUCUUUUUAAAGCUAUAUUAUUAUACCUUGUCCCAUCAGCUAAUUCUAUGAAAUGUACUUCAGGGUUAAAACUCUCAUCAAAACUUGUAAAUUUACUUUUAUCAUUUACUAUGUGGGUUGUAGCCCCACAAUCUACAAGCAAACUUGCCUUCAAAUAGUCCACAUCGUUCUCUGCAGGUGCAUCACUUACUAUGAAAGCAAAUGAUCUGCGCGCUUCUUGAUCUUGAACACUCUUGGCCGCUUGUGAUCUUUCAUCUUCCUUCUUGUCCUGGUUUUGGUUUUUCCUUCUACAAUCCUUUGUAUUGUGGGUUCUUGUCUUACAAUGACUGCACCAUUUCUUCGAUCUUGUACACUGAUCAGCUUUAUGUCCGUACUGUUUGCACGCGAAACAUUUCAUUUUCGUAUAAAACCCCGUUUUCAUAACGUUGUUUUUCUCCAUGGGUUUUUCGUUUUCCUCGAAUGCCCGCAAUGCCACUUUGAAUUCUGUGUACGAUGGCUGCUUGUCUUUUUGGGUUAUAACCGUGUUGAAUGCUUUAAAUUCAAGUGGCAGUCCCUUUAAGAUCAUUGCUAUCAGUAGAGCAUCGCCAACUUCUUCACCGGCAUUCUUUAAUGCCGCUGUAGCCGCCUCGGCCCGCAACAUGUAAUCGGUUACACUCUCGGCUUCGCCUUUGUUAAGUGUAGUCAACUUGGUGUAUAGUGCGAUGAUUUUUGGCUUUCCACUUGACAUAUAAUGCUCUCGGAGUAUGCUUAUGGCCUUUUUACCAUCGUCCUUUGCAUCUCUCAUCACCAAUGACAACGAUCGGUCGUCUAAAACUUGGAUUAGUUCCGCAUAAACAUCUGCGUUUUUCGCUUCAUUUGGUUCAGCACUCUCUACCGUUUCUUUCAAUUUUAAAAUGUGGAGAUAUCCCAUAAAUUUCGUCUCCCAUAGCUCAUAUUUUCUCUCGUCUCCGUUAAAAAGUAUCUUCGCCCUGGGCCCAUAACCUGUUGAGGACGCCAUAUAAGCUUUCAGACGGAGAUUCCUUUAGAUUAAAUUGGGAUUGAGUCAAAGCACAUUUCUCUCUAGGAUCGCCAUUACAGAGUAUCUUUUAUUGAGUUCAAUACAUGGACAUGACACGUGACAUUAAUUACAUACAUUUAGAAUAUAUUAGUUUAUAGUUUUACAAAUUUAGUUAAAUAUAUUAGUUAAACCCAAUUGUUGUAAAUAAUGCGUAAUUCAGCCUGGCGACUGUUAAAUUGAAACGUACAACGUACUCAUGUCUUGACUGUAAACACUUUGGAUGGACAUCCUAGUAAAUCUCCUGUACCUUCACUUCAUGGUCACUAGAGGCAGGUUAUGAAGAUGGCCGCCAGUUUUUAAGUACUAUUUAAAAAACGAGCAGAAGUGUUUUAUUAGGUUUAAAGCCACGGGCGCGCAGCGCGAGUGGCUUUAGACCUAAUAAAACACGACCCGCGAGUUUUUUAAAUGACUUCAAAAACGUAUGCAUAAUAAGUCAAAUCUUUAUAUAAAAAUCUUUAUAUAAAAACCUUUAUAUAAAAAUCUUUACAUAAAAAUCUUUAUAUAGUUUGCAUAACAAUGGUCUUUUGUUAAAGUGUUCUUUAGCUGGUAUAAAGACGUAUGCACGUGACUAAUUUCUUACUCAAGAUUGGAUAAUUUUUGAAGAUUAUUAAAACGUAAAAGAAUUAACAACCAGCCACGUUGCAACAAUACUAAGGGAGUGGUCAUUAUUUAUGGGGAGGGGGGGGGGGGAAAAUAAGGAUUGAAAACUUUUGACACCUCCAGACUGCCUCCCCUCAUAAAAGUAGAAACCCCCCCCCCCCCCCCCAGUGUGGAUUGAAAAAUUAACAGCAAUGAACAG